AUGGUGGAACGAGACCUUGCUUGUCUUCUGCGUUCACAUAGAAGAAUCAGCGAUGAGCAGAAAGCUGAUAUUGUGGCAAUGCAGAUUUCUAGGAUCCGCAAACACCAGAUAAUGGAUAUUAUGGAAAUGCAGUACGGUGGGUAUGAUAAGGUUGGAUUUACAACAAGGGACUUGUAUAAUUUCUACGAUCACAAUAAGGUGGAGACAGUUGCUGCUGGUGGUGCUCAAACAGUCUUCAGUAACCUGACAGAAUGCAGACGUAGGGAUCCUAAUUUCUUCUUCGACUACAAGACUGAUGAGAAAGGACACCUCAAGGGACCGCUCUGGUGUGAUAGUCAAUGUCGGCUUGAUUAUGCAGCAUUUGGUGAUGUCGUCAUAUUUGAUAGCACGUACAAAAUGAAAUGGUACAAUCUGCCCCUUGAUCCUUUUGUUGGGGUGAAUCACCAUGGCAGCACAAUUCUUUUUGCAUGUGGAAUUAUUUCCCAGGAGAUAAUUGAGUCAUAUGUGUGGAUUCUUAGCACAUUCUCUGAAGCCAUGGUUCAGAAGCAUCCGGUUUCCGUGAUCACUGAUGGUGACCUUGCUAUGCAGAGAGCAAUCGGGCUGGUGUGGCCGAAUUCAUCGCAUAGGCUAUGCAUAUGGAAUAUUGAGCAGAACAUUGUGCAUAAUCUUCACGAUGAUGGUGUGAAGGAUGAUUUCAGGUAUUUCCUUUAUGAGUGUGGCUCCAUAGAAGAGAUUGAGAGGAAAUGGCUGGAAUUCUUGGAUAAGCAUAACGUUAUAGAUAAGGAGUCGUGGUUGUAUCAGAUGUAUGAGAGGAGGGAAAUCUGGUGUGCUGCGUAUUAUGCUUAUAAGUGCUACUUAGGACCGAGGAGCAACUAG